GUCUCAAGUCUGCAAGGCGCUAAACUAGACAGCAUGUUUGAGCUCAACUGACUCAGACGCGUCUAGGAUCCCUAAAGUGCUCUCUCAGUAGGCAGCUCACUAGGAUAUAGCACACAGCCUGCGGGUUUUCUGCGGGGCUUGCCACACGCCCAACAGUCUCUCAUGAGAUGCGGGAUAAAGAUGGCUUGAGGCACAGACACAGACAGGGCUGCUGGACGCUUCUCGCCGCUCUUCAAGGCUCGAGAGAGGAAGAAAGCUACAGGACGAGGAAGCAGAAGGCAUUUUGAAGAUGAACAUUCAGUCAGCCAUCAGCCGUGAGAUCUUUGUCCCAAGAGAUGAAAAGUUACUGGUUGCCAUUGAGGUGAGGAGGAGGAUGAAGAGGAAAGGACUGUCCUUCCUCAAUGCAGGUCGCAAGAGGGACUACUUAACCUACCUCUGCCUGUCAGUUACUAACAGCAGACCAGCUCAAGUCCUCAUUACUAAAGUUAAGAAGUAUCGAGGCACAAGACAGCUUGCUAAAAGGUCUCAGUGGUCCGUGGAGCAGCUGCGGCAGGUCAAUGGCAUCAACCCCGAUAAGGACACUCCUGAGUUCGACCUAGUGUUCGACCGCACCACUGAUCAAUGGGUAGCCAGCUCAGCUGCAGAGAAAUGCAUGUUUGUGCAGGUUCUGUACCAUGCUUGUCAAAACUACUGGGAGGCCAAGCUUGCCCAAGCCAACCCAGCAUCCCCCGCAGACCAGAAGACACCAGGAGCUCCGGAGAACAAGAAGAGCCCUGGAGCUCCAAGCCAAAUUAGCUUUGUCAACUGUCAGCAGAAGCUAAUGGGAGAUGCUUGUUCUGUUAAUAUGGUUAUCUACCGCUGCAAGAUUUUUUUGAACAGAAUGAAGAACAGUAUGACAGCAAACCAGGGUCGGCCUCAGCGUGAAGCAGCAGCUGUUAAAGCAUCCAGGAGCAGGAGCAGCAGCAGGAGCAGGAGCAGCCCGUCUCCUCCGGCGGUGAGGAAGAUGGGGAACGUGAUGCGGAGGGCCAGUCAGGUUCUGAGUGAACGCGGGGAGCGUCUGAUGAGGGCCGACGAUAAAACCAGCCACUUGCUGCACGGGGCCAAGUAGUUUGCAGAAGCUGCGCAGAAGCUGGCUCUGAAGCAGAUUUAGAGGUGUUCCUGAAGGCCUGUAUACACAUUUUAAAAAGAAGCUCCUAAUCAUCUAGUCGCUGGAUAUUUUGAAAUGUAACUUCUCAUCUAAUUCAAAUGCUGUUUUUGAGUGCAAGGCAUUUUGUUCAGCUUCCUCUUCACCUGCAGAUUGGACUCAAAUUUAUGUAUUUAGUUUUUCUUAAUGUAUUUUUUGCAAGCCAUUGAGCAUUUUAAGCAGUUGUGUUGUGGUGUGCUGUGGCCUGACUUGCAGAUCUGUUUAUUCUGCCCUUUCUACAGUAAGCACAGUAUAAUAUAGCAGCAGGUGGCUGAUCCUCUUCUGCGUAGAUGUGUAAUAC